AUGUGGAAAGAAUUCAUUACGAUGGCACAACCGUGGAUCUCCGUACUUAACAUGAUGAUUUUACCUCCGGCGUUAUUCUUCGUGUUAAGAAAUGUCAUGAGUUCUCGAUCCCUUCUAAGCUGCAUUGUACUUGUGUUCUUCAUUGUGUCAAUGAUCACAACAUACAACAGGAUGUAUCAAGAGAAACUAGCUCAUCGCAUGGCUGAAGCCAUGAAGAGAAAGGAGGACGCAUGUGCACCGAGCACUCUCCUCGAACAAUCAUUCGAGUACCUUACCAGUUUCUUCACUUUCCGGAAAAAGUCUUCUUGUGUAUCCUUCAUCGAGUCACAAACAAUAUCCAUAGUUGCUGAAAUCUCGCUUCUUGAUGUGUUCUCUGAUGUCCUGUCCAACUCGGUGUUUGGCGUUCUGGGAAAUCUUGGUCGUCACACAAAUCGAUUUUUCCGCGAGUUCUUUGAUGAUGUGCCACUUCCCGUUAUGCUUCUCAUGGCGAUCAUUCUGGUACGCUUUUUAGGCUGA